UCCGCCAGCGUUAUGGAUCUAUUCGACUUCUUCAGGGACUGGGACCUGGACCAGCCGUGUCACUAUGAACAAGACCGGAAUGCACUUAAGAGAAAAGAAUGGGAACGGAGAAAUCAAGAAGUCCAGCAGGAUGAUGAUCUUUUUGCGUCCGGCUUUAAUCUCUUUGGAGAACCCUACAAGACUAACAAAGGUGAUGCUCUUGCCAACCGUGUCCAGAAUACGUUGGGGAAUUACGAUGAGAUGAAGGACUUGCUGACCAACCAUUCUAACCAGAGUCACCUUGUAGGCAUCCCAAAGAAUUCAGUGCCACAGACCCCAGUAGAUAAAACUGAACAGAGCUUUUUCCCCGAACAAAGAAACCGCAUGGUACCACCCCACCAGGUCAGUGGGCACGCCUCGGUAUCCAUGCCUCCCCCUACUUCCAUGUCAUCCAAUUCGAGUCUACUGCAUGGUCACCAGAGCAGCAGGAAAGCCAGAACUGACUGGAGCCGUGGCAACCAUGGCUCUAGCACUGGUCAGCCAAGUCAAGCUGGUAGCCAGCAAAGUAGGACAAAACAUAGUUCUUCUCAUGAGCCACCACAAAGCAGAUACGAUGACCUCUACCCCUGUCAGGGUGAUCAGCAUAAAACUGGAGGAGGCGAAGAAGCUAACACAACGCCAUCGUCUUCACACUCGAGAAGGCAUAAUCAUUCAAAAUCAACGGUCGUGGAACAUUCUUAUAAAGAAAGCAACCAUUCAAAGUCUCCAGUGGAUCUGGAGUUUCUGGGCCAUGGACCUGGAUCUCCACUGCCUUCCACAUCCUUAUUGUCAGCAAACAACAGUCUUUCAACUCCGAACUUCCCUCCAGGACUUCACUGUAAGAGUAGCAUGACCCAGCAAAAACCUACGGCUUAUGUUCGGCCAAUGGAUGGCCAGGACCAAGUUCCAAAUGACUCACCUGAACUGAAGCCGCCAAUAGAAAUCGAAGGUGUAUAUGGAAACCAGUCCUUCGGAACUCUGCUGGAAGGAAAGACCGCCGGACCCGGCUCAAAGAAUAAAUUACCAAAGCUUACCAUUCCUCAAGUUAGUGAAGUCAGCCUUCCCAAUGACUCCAACUGUGUGGAGGAGAUAUUACGGGAGAUGACCCAUUCCUGGCCUCCACCUCUCACUGCUAUUCACACACCUGGGAAGGCUGAACAGAAUAAGUUUCCCAUCCCAAGCAAAGUGCAGGAUUCGCAGCAUCUGACCUCAGGAUACAAUGUACAAAAAUGGAGCGAGCCUCCUGGCAAAGUGGCGACCAAAUCAGUGCCACAGAAAUCAAUGCUUGAAGAUGAUCUGAAACUCAGCAGUGAUGAAGAUGACAAUGAGCAGACUGCAGAGAAGACAAAGCCUCGAAACAUUCCUGUAAAUGGCCUUGCAUUGCCGACAACACACAACACAGUCUUAAUACAUUCCAGUGGAGGCUCUGGGAGCUCCAGUGAAUCUGAGAGCAGCUCUGAGUCCGAUUCAGACAGUGAAACCAGCUCCAGUGACAGCGAAUGCAACGAGGAGUCACGCAGCGGCACUCCAGAGCCUGAACCCCCCUCAGCCAACAAAUGGCAGUUGGAUAAAUGGUUAAAUAAAGUCAAUCCCCACAACAAGACGAUAAUCAUCAACCAGCAUGAGAAUCACGGUGAGAAUCACGGCGCUCAGUCUCAGAACACCUCACAGAUUGAAGGGCAAAACAAAGGGAAGCUUAACAGCAGCUUGCCCCCGAACGAUUCCAAAGACAGGGCUCUCCGUAGCCCCAUCCGAGAGAAAGCCAAACCCCGCCUCGCCCAGAAGGCCCCGGCGGAAGCAAAAAGUUCUAAGCAGAAAUCGCCAGCUCACAACGAGCCCACCCCUCAAAGGACUACUGGGAAAAAGCAACCCAAAAAGGUAGAAAGGGCUUCCAGUGCAGAAGACUACAAUUGGCCCAAACCAAAUAUCACCAGCAGCACACCCAAAGAGAAGGAAACGCAAGAAAUCCCGGAGCAGCCCAAAGUUCGCACAAAGGUAACCGCUGGCAAGACGGCUCCACGGAAAGAGCCGAGAAUGACCACGGGCCCGGCACUCGAGAAGAAAAAGUACCGCGGCCCUAGCAAAACCGUCCCCAAGUCUCGGGAGUUCGUGGAAACGGAUUCGUCCACCUCCGAUUCAAACACGGACCAGGAAGAAAGCCUGCAGGCCAAGACUUUGCAGGCCUGCAGUGGCCCUGACAGUGGCCUCAAAGCCAAGGACUCCAGCGGGAGCCUCCUCAGCGUCAGCAGCCUAACGAGCAACAGCAGCAGCAGCACCUCUCUGGACCAAAACAGCAAUGACUUAGAGGAGCCGCUCUUCUCCCCCAUCCCGAUGGUGCAGAAUGAACCCCUUUCCCCGCUGAAAGAGUUUGAAGAGCUCAAAUACCUUUGGGUGAAAAUAGACCUUAGUUUGCUCUCUCGGGUCCCCGGGCAAGACGCUUUUGAGAGCAUGCCGGGGAAAAUAGAACCCCGAGAGGUCAACGCGAAGCACAGGCGGCAGUCCCGAGAGUCUCCGACGCCAGCUGCUGAAAAGGUCUCCACGAAAUCCAAAAGGAAGCACAAGCAAUCUGAAAAUCUGGACACCUUUGGUGAAAACAAGAAACAGCGCUUGGAGGAGCCUUCAGCUACAUGCUUGCUUCCACCCUGCAUCUCUCCAAUACCCAACCACAGAAUAAGCAGUGCUAAAGACAACAAUCCUGUUAAAAAGGUGAUGAAGAAAAGAGAAGAGAAGCUGUUUCCACCACCAUUAUCUCCUCUGCUAGAUGAGACGGCACCCCGGCGGAACAGCAGCAGCGAGAACAGCUCCUUCGGCCCAGAGAACGUCCUGCUGAACCCCUUGCAGGCCAACACCUGCUCCAAGCACCGGAAAAACGAGAGCAAAUCCUCUUCCAACUCCAAGGGGAUCUGUGAGGAAGAAGCCCGCAGCCGCCCCCCGAACUCACUGCUCGACACCAGCCAUCUCGACAGCGACAUCUGGCCCACCGCCCCUGCCUUCGCCAAUGGGAAUCCUGAGCCAAGGAGACCGAAAAUAACGUUUGAUGACAUGCUUCACAACGCAGAUUACUACAUGCAAGAGGCCAAAAAGCUAAAGCACAAAGCAGAUGCCCUGCUGGAAAAGUUUGGCAAAGCCGUGAAUUAUGCUGAUGCUGCCCUUUCCUUCAUUGAGUGUGGGAACGCUAUGGAGCGCGAUCCAUUAGAAGCAAAAUCUCCAUACACCAUGUACUCCGAGACUGUGGAACUCAUCAGGUAUGCAAUGAGACUCAAGAACUUCACCGGCUCUUCAGCCACAGAACGAGACAAGAAACUGGCAGUUUUAUGCUACCGAUGCUUAUCCCUUCUCUACCUGAGAAUGUUUAAACUAAAGAAGGACCACGCUAUGAAGUACUCCAGAUCUCUGAUGGAAUACUUUAAGAAUUCAUCCAAAGUUUCACAGGCCCCAUCCCCUUGGGGAGGCAACGGAAAGAGCACAGAAACGCCAUCCCCCAUGUCUCUGAGCCCAUCACCCAUCAGUUCAGUUGGGAAUACCACAGGCACUGCAGGGUCCUCCUCAGCAGGGACCAUAACCAUUCCCCAGCGCAUUCACCACAUGGCCGCCAGCCACGUCAACAUCACCAACAACGUUCUGCGAAGCUAUGAGCACUGGGAUAUGGCUGACAAGCUGACAAAAGAGAACAAAGAGUUCUUUGUAGACCUCGACUUGGUGAUGGGUCCAUUAACACAACACAGCAGUAUGACCAAUCUAGUCCAUUAUGUUCGGCAAGGACUCCACUGGCUUCGCGUUGAAGCGCACUUGUUGUAGUGACGGCCAUCCUGUUUAUCACAACUCCAUCCUCUUACCUCCGCCGGCGCACAGGUGAUCACUGAUGGAAAGCCACUCUUUUCCAGGACUGUAUUCAUAGAGUUUAAUUUUAUUGCCUUCUUUUUCCUCUUUAAAACAAAACAAAAAUAUCUUAUCUGUUAGAAGUGGAACUCGCCAUCAAUGGGGGAGGAAAACACGGCCCCGGAGCAGGGCGUGUGUUCAUACCGUUGAAUCAUUCUGGAUCCUCUUCUUUGCCUUGCUUUCCCCGGAUCCCGCCACGCUCGCCAUCCAUAACGUGCUUUAUGGAAUGGUAGAUUCCCUGCAGUAUUGCACUUUGUUGAAGAUAUCAACUCUUGGGAAAAUGUCUUAAAUCUUUGAGGACGCGUCUGAGAAAACCCCUUCCCUGGAAACCAACGUGUCGAAGUUCAAUCCAUCCAACUCAGCAUUGGAUUAAAACCAUGUGGUUCACACAGCGUCGCUCUGGAUCCAUUUCCCAACAGAGGUCACAAUUUUGGACACUGAACAUCAUUUAUGCAAUUACAGACACACACACAGCCAUAUAGUGUGAGAUCACUUGGGAGAUUUGGGGAGAUUCUUACGUAGUUGCCUAAGCAACAGUGUUUUGCCAUUUCAUUCUAUGUCGUGCAUUUAACAUGACCAGCGCGAUGCUGUUUUUAAGCCCCUUCCAGCUCCCUUCUAGUCUGUGCAAUCAUAUUUUUAGUAGAAGAGCAUCCAGCUGCCUGUGCUUUAGGAUUCCUCUGAAUGCCUCUAAUCCCAAGAGGUCAGGGAAGAGCUGGUGGUAUGGUAUCCAUUCUAGAUUGGUGGGGAAUUUCUGUCCAAAUUGGUCUCCAUCCAUCCACAUAGUGGACAAGGAUCAGUAUAGGUGCAUCGACUAAUGGGGCUACUGGAAAACAGUAAUGGAA